AUGAGCACAGGCUACGGCGACGACAUGGAGGCGCUGCCCGUCUUCUACAUCGGACAGCACGAGCGCAAGCGGGCGGUGGAGGUGUCGGCGGAGCUGGUGCAGCACGCGCAGGACCUGGGGUACGACAUGCUCUCGAGCCCCAUCACAAACCAUCACUUCCACACGCGCGUCCUCGGCCUGCUGCGAGCCUACACCGACGCCACCUCCAGCACCGCCAGCCCCGACGCCACCUCCAGCCCCGACGCCACCUCCAGCACCGCCAGCCCCGACGCCACCUCCAGCCCCGACGCCACCUCCAGCACCGCCAGCCCCGACGCCACCUCCAGCCCCGACGCCACCUCCAGCACCGCCUGCACCCCCAACCCCGCCUGCACCCCCAGCACCGCGCAGCCACCGCCGCUCCCCCUCGUCGCCGCCCUCGAGCGCUUCGACACGGCGCUGGGCCCCACCGACACCAUCAGCCAGCUGGUCACGUACGCGAGCUCGUGGACCGACCUGUCCUCGCCAGACCCCGUCAUCGCCCACCUCUCGCGCCAGGUGCUCCACCUCGAGGUCGCCUACGCCUCCUUCUGCGGCGCCGUCAACAUCGUCGUCCCGGGCCCGCGCCUCUCGCACGGCCAGCAUGGCGUCGCCCAGUACGCCCGCGCGCUCAAGGAGGCCCUGUCCACGGCCGCAUACCUCCAGUUCCACGUCCUGAUGCCUGUCGACGCCACCAACGCCCCGCUCGACCACCAGGACGAGCUGGGCGACCUCGACCGCUUUGCAAACCCUGCCGCCGGCCCGCCGCAGAACACCACCACACACCCCUGGGCCUCGUGGGAGGCAUGGAACACCGUCCGCUCCAUCUGCAACUACCACCCCCGACUCUCCCUGGCCCUCGAGCUGCCACGCAAGCUCCCCUCCCUGCCCAUCCAGGCCCGCUGGUUCUCCGAGCCUGUUCGCCUGCUCACCAUCCCCUCGUCCUCGUUCCUCGUCAACGCACGCGCCUCUUUUGUUCUGUCCAAGGCACACCAGUGGUUCCUCUUCCGCUUCGCCCGCCUGCGAUCCUCGCCCUGGCUGCUGCUGUCCGACAUGGGCCCGCUGCCAGGCAUCGACGACCCCGACAUGAUCAUGUCCUACUCCACCGGCCACCUGUCGCCCUCGGCCGCCGAGGAUGCUGAUCCUGCCGCCGACCCCACCCCUGCCGAAGCCGCGCAGUGGAAGAAGAAAGCCGCAAAGACGAGCAGCAGCAGCAGCAGCGACCCCACCCCGCAUCUCAGCUACCUCCGCUACCUGCAGCGCAACCAGCCGCCCAAGAGCCAGAUCGAGCGCUUCGGUGGAGGCUUCCAGGACUACCUGCAGAGUCCGCUGCAGCCGCUCUCGGACAACCUCGAAUCCAUCACCUACGAAGUCUUCGAAAAGGACCCGAUCAAAUACGAAUGGUACGAGCGCGCGACCGCACAAGCUCUGAAGGACUGGCACGGCCAGAACAAGUCGACCAGCUCGGAAAAUGGCGCCGUGGUGGUGGCCGUGGUUGGCUCAGGUCGCGGUCCGCUUGUUACACGGGCAUUGAACGCCAGCGCCAGCAGUGGCGUGCCUGUCAAGGUCUAUGCCAUUGAGAAGAAUCCCAACGCCUACGUCCUGUUGCAGCGACGCAACGUGGACACCUGGGGCGGCCGGGUGACCGUAGUCAAGACGGACAUGCGCGCCUGGAAGGGACCGACGCAGCCAGACGGCACCUUUGGCAAAGUAGACAUCUUGAUCAGCGAACUGCUGGGUAGCUUUGCCGACAACGAGCUGUCUCCCGAGUGUCUCGAUGGCGUUCAGCAUGUUCUGAACCCCCAACACGGCCUCUCCAUACCGUCCAGCUACACUGCGCAUCUCACGCCUCUUGCGACGCCGAGACUGUGGGCAGACAUCUACGGCCGCAGUACCAGCGUGGACCCCACUGCCUUUGACAUUCCCUGGGUCGUCAUGCUCUCCCAGUUCGACUAUCUUUCUACAACCAACGCCGACACCAUUGCCUCCCAGCAACUGACCAACAGCACCAAGAUGAACCACUUCAACCUCGAGGCGCCCCUUGCACCCAUUGUCCGUACGGCCUGGCAGUUCUCCCAUCCUUUGCCACCAAGUACGCUUGCGCAAUCAGCCUUGCGCAGGGGCGGAUCCGCGCUGGGUGGUGGAGGCGGCUUCGUUGGCGGGGACGGCGCCAACGAGCACAACUACCGAGACUGCAGCGUCUCCUUCCCCAUCCGCGAACAAGGCGUGUGCCACGGUCUCGGUGGGUACUUUGAGACUGUGCUGUACAGCGGCUCGGAGGGGCCGGUCGAGCUGUCGACAAACCCAGUGACGAUGGAUGCCAAGUCCAAGGACAUGAUCUCGUGGUUCCCAAUCUUCUUCCCCUUGAAGACGCCUAUGCAGCUGCCCGCUGGCUCCGAAGUCGAGGUGAGCAUGUGGAGACAGACAGACGACCGGAAGGUGUGGUACGAGUGGCUAGUCGAGAGCUUCAUGACGGUCAAUGGGCAGAGGAUCAAGCUGGGUGUGUCUGACCUGCACUCGAGCAAGAGCAGUGGAUGCUUGAUGUAG